AUGGUCCUGUCGCCGCUGACCUGGGGCACGUCGGCGCUCUGCGCCUCGGCCGUCGUCAUCCUCCAGAAGCGGCGCCUCGGCGCGCACAAGCGCCUCGUCGUCGUCGACGCGGGCUCCGGGUCGACGCGGUGCGUGUGCCUCGGGUCGCGGCGCUGCGACGGCGAGGUGCGCGUCGUCGCGGGCCCCGAGCGCGUGCCGCUGCGGCUCGGCGACGCGCUGAAGCCCGGCGGCGACGUCGACGGCUGGGCCGGCGCCGUCGCGGCCGCCUGCGACGGGCUCGCGGGCGCGCGCGUGCCCGUCUACGUCCGCGGGACCGCGGGCGCGCGCGACGCGCUCAAGGCCCGCGGCGACAGGGACCUCGGCGCCGCGAGCCGCGACGUCGAGGCUGUACUACGAGGCAAGCGGGGCGGCCUCUCCUUCGCCGUGCUCGACGGCCGCGCCGAGGCGCGGCUCGAGCUCGCGGCGGUGCGCUUCGUCCGCCCGGGCGCGGGCCUCUUCGCCGGCGGCGGCAAAUCGGUCCAGGUCGCGUCGUCGCCGGAGGACGCGCGGUCUUUUGCUAUUGAUUCCUUCGCGGGCCACGAGCUCGUGCGGAAGCACGGCGCGGCCGCGGGCGCGCGCAUGCACGACUGGGCGGUACGGCGCGUCGUCGCGAACGAGCUCGCGCGCGACGGCGGCUUCGCGCGCCUCGACGGCGCCUUCUCGACCAUCGAGCUCGUGUCGAACACGCUCGAGCGCGCCGCGGCCGCCGGUGGCGGCGCCGCCGUCCGGGGGCCCCUCGCGCGCGACGCCGCGCGCGACGCCGUCGCCGCGUACCGCGCGCGCCUCGAGAAGGCGCUGAACCCGAACCCGAACGUGUCCGCGCGGGGCAACGACGACGCCGAGGCCGUCAAGCAGCUCGUCUACGCCGUCCAGGUCGCCGCGCUCCUCGAGCUCCUCUUCGAGAAGACCGCGUCCUUCGAGCGCACGAUGCGGGCUGCCGUCGCGCUGCUCGCGGGCUUCGCCGCGGGCUACGAGCCCGUGGAGGAGAUCGCCGCGGCGGACUUCGAGGCCUGGAACGUCCACGCCGGCGGCUACGGUUCCAUCGACGACACGGCGACGGAGGUGAUCAACGCCCUGAGCUUCGACGCCCAGCAGGUGGCCAACUACGAGGCCGGCAGCGGCGCGGCCCUCGGCGAGGCCUUCGUCGCGUCGCCGGACCACGCGAAGCCCCGGGCGCGCGCCUUCCACGUCACGGGCGUCAUCGGCGACCGCUUCUACGUCUUCGGCGGCGUCGGGCGCCAGGAGGACGGGCGCGCGGGCGGCGAGCGCCUGCUCAACGACCUCCACUUCUACGACGCGCGGCGCGGCGGCUGGAGCGGCGAGCUCGCGCGCCUGUCCUGCUGCCGCGACGGCGCGGUCUACGACGCGCUGGGCCCGCGGCCCGCGCCGCGCGCGCACGCCGGGGCGGCCGUCGUCGGCUCGAAGCUCUACGUCUACGGCGGCCGCGCGGACGCCGAGGGCCUCGAGGACGGCGGCCUGCCGCGCGUCGACAAUUACGCGUUCUCCCGGUCGGGCGCGCAGCGGGCGCUGGGCGACGUCCACGCCUACGACGAGCGCGCGGCGGCCUGGAGCGGGAGCCUCGCCGUCGCGGGCGACCUCCCCGCGCCGCGCUUCGGCGCGUCCGUCGCGAGCUACGGCGUUCUACUGGUCGUCUUCGGCGGCGUCGACGGCACGGGCGUCGCGGCGCGCGGCGACGUCCACGUGCUCAACACGACGUCGGGGCGGUGGCGCGCGGUCGCGCCGGGGGGCUCGGGCCUCGCGCCGACGCCGCGCGCCUUCGCGCCCUUCGCGGCGUCCUACGCGCCGACCCUCGACCCGGAUUUGAGCUUGCUGACGAGCGACGAGCGGCUCUACGUCUACGGCGGCGCGGCGACCGUCGUCGACGGCGGCGCGGACGCGUUCGGCACGAACGCGACGGCCGCGGCGCUCUGCGAGGACGCCUGGGCCCUCGACGUCGCCAAGCUCGCGAGCCGCGUGCCCGAGCUCGUCUGGACCCGGGUCGCCGCGCUCGGGGCCGCGGACGCCUGGAUGCUGAGCUCGCCGGGCGGCGCGGCGCGCGGCGCGCGGUCCGGCCACGAGCUCCACGCGCCGAAGCCGGGCGUGCUCUACGCGCUCGGCGGCCUCGACAGCGAGGGCCUCGUCAUCGACCAGCACGCGGCCAUGCGCGUCGACGACGCCGCGCCGGCCUGGACGGACGUGUCGCGCGAGGCCGCGCCGCGCGCGCGCGGCAAGCACGGCGCGGCGUCGUCGCCGGCGCAGGACGGCCGCCUGCUCUACCAGUUCGGCGGCGUCGCCGACGUCGGGGACGCCCGGGUCGUCACGGCCGACUUCCACAUCUACCAGCGCCUCGUCCUCGAGGCCAUCCCGCCCCUCGUCGACACGGGCCGGACGUCGUUCCAGAGCCGCGACACGGGCCUCACGCUCUACCGCAUGGUCGCGAUGCUUGAUCGCGCCGCUCGCACCAUGAUGGUCAAGAAGCCCGCGAGCCUGCUCGCCGUGGCGACGCGCAGCGGCCGCGGCCGCUACUACGGCCUGCCCGGCGAGACGAUGGCGCUGCCCGGCGCGCCGCCGGGCCGCGAGCCGGAGCCGGGCCUCGACGGCCGCAUCGUGCGCAUCGCCGUGCCGUCGCUCUUCGCGCUCGCGCUCGACCCGAUCCUCAACGUCGUCGACACGGCGUUCGUGGGCCUCGGCGGCGGCGGCGCCGCGCCGCUCGCGGCCGUGUCCGCCUCCACGUCCUUCUUCGGCUUCGUCUUCGCGUGCACGAACUGCUUCGCGUCGGCGGGCACGCCGCUCGUCGCCGCGGAGCUCAAGCCCGGCGGCGGCGGCGAGGCCGGCGCGCUCGCGCUCGGCUCGUCGAUCGUGCGGUCCGCGCUGCUCGUGGGUGUGGUCCUCGCGCUGGCCGCCGAGGCCGUGUCGGGCCCGGCCAUGGAUUUGUUCGCGCCGGCCUACGAGCUCCACGGCGCCGCCGUCGACUUCUCGCGGCUCCGCGCGCUGUCGGCGCCCGCCUUCUACCUCGUGCUCUCCUUCGCGACGGACGCCCUCGCCGUCGCCGCGCAGCAAUUGGUCGCGUCGGCGCCGGACGCGGCGGCGGCGCGGGCCGUCGCGCGGCGGCUCCUCGCCUGGGGGCUCGUCGUCGGCGUCGUCUUCGCGGCCGCGCUCUACGUCGCGCCGCCGCAGCUCCUCACGAGCGACGCGGCCGUCGCCGCGGCCGCGGAGGACGAGCUCCGCCGCGUCGUCGCGCCCCUCCAGGUCCUCUCGUCCCUCGUCUUCGUCGGCGACGGCGUCCUCCAGGGCAGCCGCGACUUCACCUUCGAGGCCUACGCCGUCUCCGCGGCGGCCCUCGUCGCCGCCGCGACGCUCUUCGCGCCCGUCGACGGCCGCGACGCGCUCUCCGCGGCCUGGGACGCCAUCGCCGUCCUCAACGGCUGCCGCUUCUUCGCCUUCGCCUACCGCUUCUACGCGCGCGGGCCCUUGGUGGCGCGCGCGGAGGACGGCGACGCGGAGGGUAAGGUGUGA